GUUGCUGAAGGAUAUGUGAUACCCAGUUUUGUUCGUGUCAUAAUCUUCCCAGUGCACAGCAAGGCUGUGAGAUUCAAAUCCCAUCAUUUAUUCAUAUGAUCAUAUUUGAUAAGUCUAAAUCCGACCUGCGCCUCAUGGCUCUGCUUGAGUAGCCAGCGCUCUUUCUUUACUCGACUGCUCAUUGCAUUAUAUUAAUGCCACCAAACGCAGGUCGCAAGUUCAUUGAUCUCAUCAGACAGUCCACUGCAAAGUGGGCUAACUGGGAUCCACCUAUACCCGUACAAGUCGGCGCAUAUGGCAAGCUGAAUACCGAAACGGGCGAACUGGACGUCGAGGGCAACAUCUAUGAUCCGGAGUUCCAGAUGAUGCUGGAUAAGGUGGACGGGAAGCUGAAGCUAGCAAAUUAUCCUGCUCAGACUGGUGCUGUGGAAGAGGACUUCAUAGUGUGUACGAUGGGUGUGCGGCGGAACGAUCUCAGGACUGAUGGAGAACUAAAUGUCCCUGGUCUUGCCCAAGCAUCUAUCAAAGGAGAGUGGCAGUUUCAGAGGGGCAAGCGCGGUGCUCUGUUGAUCAUGCACAAUCCGAGGCAGGAAUAUGUUCCGCGCGGCAGGGUUUUAGAGACGCUGUACAAGGUCCCAGAGCUCAGGGACAUGCACAUCGUCAUCUCCAUCUUCAAAUGUCCUGCCUACACCAUAUACCUUUCCGACAAAAGUGGAGAGAAGAUUUCCUUGGCACUUACUCCCAACGAGAAUCCAGCUGAACCCCAACAGUGGUGGUCGGAUACGAAUGCGAGUAUGCUGCGGAAGGGGCAACACAAGGAUUAUAUGUUCACACCGCUGUAUGGGCUCAAACGCAAGUUACCAUUGAUCCGGCGUCUCAUGCGAGACUCUCCGAUACCUGAUCCUGAGGGCGAUGACUUCUGGGUAGACGUGCAUGUGCCAUGGGAUCCCCUAGAUGAGGACGGUGACGAGGACUAUUCAUAUGGGGACGAAGAGGAAGUGGAUGAGUGGGCGGAAAACCCGGGGAGACAGGAGGAUGAUCCCGAAUGGGACAGCUGAUGAUCUCCUCUUGCUUGUCAUGAAUUUUUUUAGGAAUAGCUAUUCCCCAUUAUGAUUUCUUCACCCAGUCGAUCUUAUCAUUGUUGUAGCAUCGUCGCAAUUUGUAUUAGCAUGACCAUUAUAACAAUAUUGGCCUUUGAGGCCAUUUUUAUCUA